AUGUCGAGCUCUUCCUCAGUUGCUGUCACGAAUUCAUCGCGACAUGUUCGUUCUAGAACCCAGAGUAUUUCGAGCGACCGUCCGUCUACGACUAGCCACGGCAUGAUGUCUCCCCCUCUCUCUGUGUCGCCCGAGGCGGUGUUCAUCGCUGCAUCUGCUGCUUCACAAAUCGUCACUAAUGAUCAUGACAGCCAUUCUGAGAUAUGGUACGAUCAGAUGGGAAUUGAGCCUUCGGAAGAGACCGCCUUGGUUUCACCAGGCGCUCUUCAGCUCGCCAAUAAUUUUAUCGAUCAGCUCUUGUUCAACAUAAUCUGUGUCGCGAAGUCCACUUCACUAUCGGCGCUACGGCCGGCCGUCAGCGAAGUACUGAAACCGAAACUUGCUAAAGAUGCUAUUAAUAACGCCGACGAAGAGCUUCGAGAAUACCUGGGUGUGUGGAAAAGAACGAGACUACGAUGUAUGGUUUAUUCGUCUUUGGGUGAUAUGGAGGAAGAAGACGAAGACUAUCAUAUGGAACAAGAACAUCUCAGGGGCGAGUCGGAUGACAUCAUGUCCGACGUUGUAUCCCCGGCGGUUGCUAUUUUCUUAACCUCGAUUCUAGAAUUUAUGGGUGAGCAGGUUCUCGUCAUAGCCGGGCAAGCGGCCUUUAACCGACUACGUGUCAAGUGCGAGAAAGAGUUGAAAGAGGGGACGCGAGUACACGGUGAAUUAUUUGAACGUCUUGUUGUUGAGGAAUUAGACAUGGAACGUGUUGCGUUGGAUCGAACUCUCGGUCGACUUUGGCGUGCUUGGAAGAAGAGGAUUCGGUCGCCCGGAGAGCCUAACUAUUCUCCGUCCUUUCUCGCGCAGUUCCUCAAAGAUUCGGACCCUGCGCUUGAUGUACAGGAAGAGCAAGAUGGGGAGACAGGCGGGGAGAAAACAGAUCAGAAGUCGUCCAAUCCGAAGUCAAUUCCGAAGGUGGAUCCGGCUGAAGUACCUCUACCGGAUAGCGAUGUCGAGGCUAUAUAUAGCGAUGAGGAGAGUGAGGAGGAAAAGGAUAUUGGCCGGCCGAAGAGUCUAGUCAUAUUGUCCUCGUCAACAAAGGACAGACUAGCGUCUCUUCGAGCUUCGCUAAAAGGUUCAUCGAUUCGCCGUGUACGGUCUCUUCCAUCUCGGAAACGCCCCCGGUAUCCUUCUGCUCCGGGCGCUAGUCGUGAAAUUGAAAUCCAGCCUCACAAAGAUCCAAGCAAAGAUGAGGCGGAGACAAUCGUUGGCGUUUCUACAAAGGACAUUAGAUAUGACAACGUUGAUGAGAACGAGCAACCUAACCAAACACUGGAGCAGAAAGCUAUCCCGGAUGGGCUAAUGCCAGUGGCCACUAACGACAUUACACCUACGAUAUCGACGAGAGCUAGUAGCAUUGUCCCGCUAGCUGAAAUUGAAGAAGACGAAAUUGAUGAGUUUGCCGAAGAACCUGAAAUAUUGACCUCAUCAAGAAUCUCUAUUGGAGGAAGAAGCUCCUCUCCUUCUACAUCGGACUCUGGCAGGCCUACUCCCCUUAUUAUGCCUGUAAGAACGAAUAGCCUCCGGUCGGUACGAAUUAUUGAGGUACAAAGCCCUCGCAGCCCGACGGUUGGUUCGCGAACGAAUUCCAUGGAUUUCCAGGACCCUGCCUUGGUUGCUCGUAGAAUUUCUACUCCUCCCAUUGCCGAGGAAAAUGAUCCGGGAGCAUCAUCUGGAAAGAAGCAUGCCGUUGUCCUUCAGCGGUCAUUCGACGAUUCUCAGGAGACUAGUUCUGGGGUAGUCCAACCUGCCCGAAAUCCCAGUCCUUUGAGAAGCGUCCACUCACAAGCAGUAUACGAACUUGCUGCGACCACCACCACUAAGGUGUCGAUUCUGAAUGGUCCCACAACAGAACCGCCUUUGGAGGAAAGGCCUGCGGCCCCCUUAAAAUCGUCGAGGAACCCGCCAAUGCCAACUGUACUCGAGAGGAGCACAAGCCGGCCCAUGUAUGGGCGGUCGAGCUCUAACGAUACUACGUCAAAUAUACCUGCCCGGCGUGGUACGCCGGAAUCGCCAAAGAUGUCGCGCCCUAUGCCAAGCGAGUCACCUUCUUCCAUGUCUGCUAAACUCAAAGCCGUUCGUACCUCUGAGGACGGAAGCCCUCGACGCUCCGAGGAUAGAGCUCGCGAUUUUGAGCAACUAAUUCACAGCCAGGAAACCCUGCAGUAUACUCUCACCCCAGAAAACAUGCGUGAUAUUGACUCUAGUUCAUCUCAGCACACUGGAAGUCCUAAACCUAAUAGGUUCCAAAGGGGCGAGGACACCAGACAUUCUGAGCGCUCACGAUCCUCAUCUAUUAAAAGGACCGCAUCCUUUACGAAGCAGACUAAUCUCGGUUCUAAUCCUCUGGGUUCCCAUCCUCCUACGGACAUCCCUUUUACCGGGAAAUUCUCCGAAGUAAUCCCAAGUGCACCCCCUUCUAUUCCACCGAAAAGUCGAUCAGGCAUGGCCGCGCAAGCGAGGGAAGCGCGAGUCCCUGGGGAAUCGUUGCAAGAUUUUGCCAAUUUUAUUCGAUCAACAGGACCUCCUAGCGAGCGCAGCGUUCCGCAUAGCAGAGGACACGCGGCUUCGAUUUCUACUAUCCGGGCCCCCAGGGGCCCUACUCACGUGAAGAAGAGUGCGAGUAUCGAUAGCCGACAGACCAGUUCAAGCCACCGAUCGCACUUCCAAGCUAGGGAUGCUACGGUUAACCUCGGUAGCGAAAACUCGGAUCUUAUUGAUUUUAUUCGACGAGGGCCGCCAAGCACCAAUGCAAAUAACCCCCGGAUUCCUCGUCACGUUGCCCCUUUCCGGAGUACCAUGGACUCAGACCAACUGCAGAUGGCCGGUGCUGUAGGAGGCAAGGCAAUCGAUGCAGUGAUUCCAAACAUUCGAAGUAGCGAGGCAUCAACGAAUUUUACGGAGGCUUCAGCUCCGUCGUCGAUGAAUUCCCAAAGCGCACUCUUGAACAAAGCGAACAAGGUACAGCAAUACUCUGGCAACAACUUUGAUGAUGACGAUAUGAUACCGAAGCGGACACAGCGACGAGUCCGUGACCCUUAUGCCCUUGAUUUUAGCGACGAGGAAGACGAAGAAUUAGAUAUAAUGCCUCAACCAAAACCGAAGAAGGAAGAAAGCUUGAUCGAUUUCCUCAACAGUUAUCCCCCUCCCCCUGAACCGAUGCCUCAACCUGUUGCUAUCCCGAAGAAAAAAUCCAGUGCGCCAAAUUUGAUCGCACGCCUAAGAUCGGGCGGGAACUCUAUCAGAGCAGCUUCAAACCCUAGAGGAUUUGGGGCUGAUUCGAGGUCUCUCAGUAGCCGAGCUGGCACUAGCAGAGGCUACACGCCUAUUGUCAUCCCAACCUCGGCAGAUAAGUUUGGGAGCAAUCCCAGACCACCACCAACCGCUCCCAGUAGUUCGAUGGGCCGUGUUCCAAUGAAGAAAUUCGAAGCACGGGAUGCCGUUUCCGCUAAUACUCGUACGUCGGACCUCGCUAGUUUCCUGCGCGAUUCCGAACCACCACCACAACCUGUGAUGUCGCUCCCUACCCAGAGCGAAAGCAAGAGCAGUGGAUUCUCCCGGAUGUUCGAACGCCGCAAGAAGUCUACAGCGUAUUAA